GGGGGCACGGUCAUCCCUCCCCCCCCGGCCACAGACAGAGUCCUGUUUUAGUUUGGACGCGAGCGGCGCCGAAGUCUUCUGUGGCCGUGGAGGCCGCGCCCAACCCAACAGCCGUUCGAUUUUUUUUUGUUGUAAAAGAAAAGAACAAAAGGCGAUUGUUUGCGCGGCGAGCCCCCUCGCCGCCCCCCCUGGCGGUCCUCCGCCGGGAGUGAAUGUUGUCGGGGGCGUGCUCUCUCUCUCUCUCUCUCUCUCCGGUCGUCAUCGACGACGGCGGCGGCGGCGGCUCCGUCUCGUCGGGGCCACACUUAAUGCCCCGCCCCGCCAGGGUGGCUCCUUGCUCUGUUUUUUUUUGUUUUAUAAUUUAGGUACACAACUCACAUAUACAUAUGAGUAUGUAUACAUACAUUAAUAUACUAAAGCACUAUUAACGUGCCACCUGUUAUUCUACUCGCUCAGCAUUUAUAUUAAAUGAUCUCUACUUAGAAUCAGCUUUUUAUUUAGUUUUUUGUUUUUGUUUUUUUUCUGUCCACGGGUUGCCAACACAGACUUUAUCCUUUCCCAGACGAAGGACCUCUGUGCGCAUUGAUUUGUGUUCACUUAAUCUUUUUGUGUUCAAACAAAGGAAAUGUUCGUUAUAUAGACUAUGCUUCCGAAGAAGACAAAAUUCUGUAACGUCGGAGAAUUUAAGAUUGUUUUUUAAUUUCUUUUUUCGUGCGUGUGUUUGCUAGAUUGUAUUGUAGAAGAUGUACCCUGACCACGCCCCGACCACCAACACGACCCCCCCCCCUCCCCCCCCACCCUCCUCAGCACGCGCUGUAUCCAGCGACGCUGGGGGGGGGUAUUGGGGGAAGGCGUUGGGAGAGGGGCCCCCCAACAGACAAAUCCAAAAAAACUGGUUUUUGGUGAAAGGUCAGCCUUGUUUCCUUGAGAAAUGAUUUAGUUUUUUUUAUAUAUAUUUAGUCUGCUUUAACAGCAUGAGUUGAUCCCAAAUAAUUGACACUCAAUUGGCAUGAUUCAGAGUCAUAGAUAUUUUUUUCCUCAAAAAAAACAUUAUUUUGAGUCCUUUUUUUCUUUUGGAAAAAAUAAAAAGAUUUCAGCUCACCAAAUUACUUAACGUGUGCAUUAAUGCAAAUCUCAGAGAUUUGAAGCUUUUUUGUUCUUUGUUUUGUUUUUUUUGUAAGGGACUGUUAUUGAGCUAGCGUUGGUUUGUAGAUGUUGCGUUUCCUCCGCGUCUUGUUUCCCCCCCCCCUCCCCAUCCCCGUCUCUCCCCUCCUCUCAUCCACUGCCCGGUGAACCUGCUGGCUGCCCGGGCCCCAGAGCUACCAGCGAUGGGGCCUGACCCCACCGUACCGAUGUGUUAACCCACAGCCGUACCCGGCAGUGUCACGCGUUCACCUCGCACCACAGUCGUCGUCGCCACACACCUCGCCUCCCCUGCCCUCCCCACGCCCUGGUUUACGUUCGCUCUGACUGGUGAUAGACCAACGUCACUUACAGCAAGAGAAGAGAUGAUGGGUAGGUAGGGUUCGGUGCUGAGUGUUGUUGGCUCUCGCUCUCUCACACGGUAGAUGAAUGAUCCUUGCUCGUCCGUCUCCCGGAGACGGACGAGCAAGGAUGUGUGACGGGAGUAGGAGGCGGUGGCUGAACUUGCGACAGUUUGUUUUCUAUUAAGUUAAUAGCAACGAUUGGUUAUUUCAAUCUCCUUGUUUUCUGAGUGAAACUGCUGCCGAUCCCGUUCUGUUGUUCCUCAUAGCCAAUGAACCCCCCCUCUCCGACCCCUCCCGACCACUGAACCCUGUUACUGCUGUUCACGGUUCACCUUUUAUUCCCUAGGUCUAACGGGGAAACACACAAAUGGCUUUUUUAUAUGAUUACUCCCUUGUAAGAUAUCUCUUAAAUUAAGGUACAGGUUUGAUUUCAACAAGAAAAAAAAGUUUUUAUAUGUAUAUUAUACUCCAUUAAGGAAUGUCUAGAAUUAUCUUCCUCCAAUGUGGAUGUAGCCAUUAUUACGCCAUUUUAUGACUUUGUAAGAGAAUUCACUGUGUGAAAAUUGGUUUGCAUUUUUGUAUAAUACAAUCUGCUUUUUUGUUUGAUACGAGAGGGAGGUCAAACUGGAAGUUUGAGGAAACAAAAAAAAUGAACCUGUGAAAUUGAGAAAACAAAAUGUAAGUUAUGUACUACAGUGAUUCUAAGCUGAGGGGAAGAAUUAAAUGAUUGCUAACUGAAACCUUUGUCAUUGUUUUGUUUGAAUAUUUGUGCAACAAUUAUGAUAGAGCAAAUCAAAUACGAUUUUUUUUCUACAACCACCUAUUUUCAUGCAUAGCUGGGCGUAUACCUUUCCCUGUUUACAUGAAUUACUUGAUAUUCAGAUUGGUCAGAUAUGACGUCUUUACUACCAAUAUUAACCACUACUAGGCUAUUAAUCAAUGUGCCGGUUACACUGAUUUGGGGACACCUGCUGGUUAAAAAGAUAUAAAGGUACACAGGACGCGCCAGUUACUCAAGAUGUAGGGAGCGGCAUCAUACGUAACAAGAUAUGAUGACGUAAAAAAAAGUCACGCUAAGAACAAUUCAUAUUUUGUCUUCGAUCAUUCAUAACUUCCAUCUCAACAUUUGAUUAGAAAAAUCGUAUUGGUAGAAUUAAUAUUUAAUUAGGGAGAAAUUUGUUGAAUGCACAUGAUUCUGAUCAUGUGCACCUUCUCCUCCGGUGCACAACGAGAGAGAGAAAGAGGGGAGAGAAGGGCUGGCGGUUGGGAUGAGGCCGAUUGACCAAUGUCUGGCUUUUACGCGCGAAGCACACUUCAGGCACUUGCUGGUUUUUGCGCGCUGUGUAGUUUACUCGUUAUACGGAGGAUGCAAAUAAAUGUAUCAAUCGAUCAUGGGAACGUUUCACAACAGAGGAAUUUGACUUGAAUGCUUAGACCUGAAAGGACAAGAAUUAACUCAGUUUGCAGUUUCAUUAUUAAAGGGCUCAAGCAAUGGAAUCCAAUCGUCCGGGAAUCCGAGGACUGAACCAACAACAUGCUCUCCUCUUUCUCUACCUGAGUCUUUGGAAUAAGGUAGCGGUGGCGAUGCACCCAGAUUGCGCCAUCAUCUCCCAUCACCUGCGGAGCCGUGAGAUUUGCCUCCAGACCAGGAAGAGCGAGGAGCGGAACAAUUCGAGCAGCCGCAAAGGCUGUGAGACCCAGUGGGAUGAGGUGCGCUGCUGGUUCAACGUGGACGAGGGCCAGGUGGUCAACGUGUCCUGUUCCGAUAUCUUCCAGCACUUCUCUGCCGGUCAAGGCUACGUCUCCAGAAGCUGUACUGCCGAGGGCUGGAUGGACCUCUCUCCUCCCUACGAGGAGGCCUGUCUGUUCAGCCAUGACGAGGGACCCGAGUCUGAGACCAUUUUUCUGUCAACGUUCAGGAAGGUGUACACGGUGGGCUACGCCACCUCUCUGGUCUCCCUCAUAACGGCAGUCGGGGUGUUCACCGCCUUCAGAAAGUUCCACUGCACCAGGAACUACAUCCACAUGAACCUCUUCUGCUCCUUCAUCCUGAGGGCCAGCGCCGUCUUCAUCAAAGACGCCGUGCUGUUCGCCGACGAGACUCUGGACCACUGCUCCAUGUCCACAGCGACCUGCAAGGCGGCCGUGGCUUUCUUCCAGUUCAGCAUCCUGGCCAACUACUUCUGGCUGCUGGUGGAGGGGCUGUACCUGCAGACCCUGCUGGCGCUCUCCUUCGUCCCCCAGAGGAAGUACUUCUGGGGGUACAUCCUUAUCGGAUGGGGGCUGCCGAUCAUAGUUCUCAUUAUAUGGGUGUUGACCAGAUAUCUCUAUGACGACAGAAGUUGCUGGGAUGACACGGACCAUGUCGGUAUUUGGUGGAUCAUAAAAGGACCUAUCACACUCUCCCUUCUGGUGAACAUAGUCAUCUUCAUCAAUGUAAUCCGAACUGUGGUUUACAAACUGAAGCGUCCGGCUAUUGGCGGGAGCCAGGACACCGGACAUUUCAUGAGGCUGGCUAAGUCCACGUUGUUCCUGAUUCCUCUAUUUGGGAUGCACUACACCGUGUUUGCCUUCCUGCCGGAGGGCACCUGCCUAGCAGCCAGACUCUACCUGGAGCUGGGCCUCGGGUCAUUCCAGGGCUUUGUAGUGGCGAUGCUCUACUGCUUCAUGAAUGGAGAGGUCCAGACCGAGCUGCGGCGGUGGCUGUGGCGGCGUCACUCUCAGGGUUAUUUCUCCACCAAGCGCCCCGCUACCGUCACCCAGUUCACCGCCCUGGACCAGCGCGGGCCCCCAAGGGCCUCCCUCAGACACAGCUCUGCUGUGUGACUGUACCAUAGCAUACCAUACAGUACCCAUACUGUACCAUACGGUACCAUACCCUACCGUACCGCCCUGUAGCGUGGCAUACAUCAUGCCAUAUCAUACUAUACCUACCCAACAUACCGUACUGUAGCAGUACUGUACUGUAGUAUACUUUACCAUACCUAA